AUGCAACUAUGUGGACAACCUAUACGACAAGCACAACAACAAGCUCACAAGCAAUAUAAGCUUGCACAGAGUAAAGGGCAUGAACUCGCCGCGCCCGACGUGCACGUCGCCGCCCUCGUCGGCUCCGUCGUCGCCCUCGCCGGCUCCGUCGCCCGCCACCUCGCGCUGCCAUCUCCAUCUUCCUCGACGGAUCUGCUCGCGUCCGAGGACACCGCCCCCCAUCGCCGAUCCCGCCGUCCGUCGCCCCCGGACCGCCACCGCGCUCCCCCGUCGUCCUCUGGACGCCGUCGCCCCGACACCGCGCCGUCGUCCAUCGCCCCCGACACGCCACCUCGCCGCAUCCGACCUCGUCGCCGUCCUCCUCCCCACGGGUCGCCCCCGAGCCCGCUGCCAUGCCCCUCCCACUCCCCUGUGAGCGCCUCCCUCUCCUCCUCUCUCCCCCACCACGCCGUGCCCGCGCCCGUCGGCGCUCUCGCGCGCCCCUGUGGUCGAGCCCCUCGCUCGCGCUCGUCCCAACCCGUCGCUGGCCGCGCCCAGUGCCCCGCCGUGCUCACCGCCCCGCCUCACCCACACUCGGCGUCGCGGCCCACGUCCCUCACUCGCUCACCGUCGCCCGGGUUCUGCACCCGCUCCAUGCCCGGCGCCCCUCCCCGUGCGCGCCCACCGUGGCCGCCUCCCCCGUUCUGCUGCCCCUCGCCUUCGGCGCCCCACCGCUCGCCCGGGCCGCGCACGCCCCCUGCAGCCGCCCAACCGCCGGUGCGGCCGGCCACGCGCGCCCCUGGGGCCUCGUUCCACCGCCCCCACCUGCGGGCAAGCGCCCGUUCAGGGCAUGAACUCGCCGCGCCCGACGUGCACGUCGCCGCCCUCGUCGGCUCCGUCGUCGCCCUCGCCGGCUCCGUCGCCCGCCACCUCGCGCUGCCAUCUCCAUCUUCCUCGACGGAUCUGCUCGCGUCCGAGGACACCGCCCCCCAUCGCCGAUCCCGCCGUCCGUCGCCCCCGGACCGCCACCGCGCUCCCCCGUCGUCCUCUGGACGCCGUCGCCCCGACACCGCGCCGUCGUCCAUCGCCCCCGACACGCCACCUCGCCGCAUCCGACCUCGUCGCCGUCCUCCUCCCCACGGGUCGCCCCCGAGCCCGCUGCCAUGCCCCUCCCACUCCCCUGUGAGCGCCUCCCUCUCCUCCUCUCUCCCCCACCACGCCGUGCCCGCGCCCGUCGGCGCUCUCGCGCGCCCCUGUGGUCGAGCCCCUCGCUCGCGCUCGUCCCAACCCGUCGCUGGCCGCGCCCAGUGCCCCGCCGUGCUCACCGCCCCGCCUCACCCACACUCGGCGUCGCGGCCCACGUCCCUCACUCGCUCACCGUCGCCCGGGUUCUGCACCCGCUCCAUGCCCGGCGCCCCUCCCCGUGCGCGCCCACCGUGGCCGCCUCCCCCGUUCUGCUGCCCCUCGCCUUCGGCGCCCCACCGCUCGCCCGGGCCGCGCACGCCCCCUGCAGCCGCCCAACCGCCGGUGCGGCCGGCCACGCGCGCCCCUGGGGCCUCGUUCCACCGCCCCCCCUGCGGGCAAGCGCCCGUUCAGGUGCGUCUGCGGCCGCCCCGUUUCGCCAGCGCCCGAACCCGCUAUGGCCCUUAG